AUGCCAGAAUCGAUACCAAUGAAUGAGAUAUCAGAGUCCCCUCAAGUAUAUGAUGACUCUGAACAACAACAACCCAAAUAUCAGCCUCGGGACGACGUCAUCACAACAGAACCCAAAGGUAUGGAUGAGAAAGACCCAUUCAAACUACAGCUGGAGUACCCUUCAGGAACUGCAAAUCCUGAGAAUUUGAAUCGCCAAAAGACCAAUGCAUCAAUGUCGUCGUCAACAUCUUCCUCGAGUUCUGGCUCCGAUUUCUCUGGGCAUAGCGGGUACCACCGAGAACACAACGAAUUCACUGCACCUAAUAUACCCAGGAGAAGUCAUACGCCACUCACAAAUGAAAAAGGUAAAACAAAGUUGGUCAAAGUCAAUCCAUAUAAAAUUGCACGGGCAGCUUCCUUCAAUGUCUUUAUGGAGUACGGAACAGCUUCUGCUAGUGCUGCUCUAGGUCUGGAUUCUAUUGGUGAGGGCCCUCGAAAUAAGUCUUUUGGAACUACUCCUAUUGAUCAGCCCCAACCAAAAGAGAAGAACAACCCUUCUGGAUGUGAUGGCAACCCAGUUCAUGCUCCUACUACUGCUACUAACCAAAGUCAUGCCAACUUUUCCAAUAUCUACGGAUCAUAUACAGAGGAAAUAGAGCCUUCGUUUACACCAGAGGGUGAACUCCAGGAGACCAAGCAGAUCCAAUCCACACAACACAAAGUUCGAGAAUCUCAGUCAGCUAAACUACCGGCAAUUGAGAAAUAUUUGCCACGAAAAGAGGUUGGAUAUGAAGCAAAAAAUAGCAGUGAAGUGAAGCAAGUUGAAGUUCUCGAGCUUGGUACAGACGCAAAUCAGCCCCGAGUCCUGAAAAUUGCAACCGAGCCUACAUUGGAGAAAAAAAAGAGGGGAGGUUAUGCGGGAGGUUACGCGGGAGCUAUUAAUUGUGAUAGCGAUAAGUCAAGUGUAUCGUUAUUCAAUACUGAUUCUGAGUUUGUUCCUAAUUUCCAUUUUGAUCAAAGCGACAAGCAAGUUGAAAAGCGUGAUGCUACAGUAAUUUACACCAAGAAAUCUGACACUGCACCCACGAAUGGACAAAUUCAAGGAAACGAGCUUGUUUAUCACUCGAGUGCAAAUUCUCCUUUCUCAGAUAGUACAAAUAGGACAGGAACUGGUGUAAAGUCAAAAUUUGGAAGCGAUUUGAUUAGUCUAAACAAGGUCGGUCAAGAUGAUAUUGAAAGUGCGCCUUCUUCGGAUAAGAGGUUGUCUGUUUUGAAAAACUUUGAUACAUCUCUUACUAGUGGUGAUCUUGCCAACGAGAAGGAGACUAAGCAGAAAACAUCCCCAAGCAAAAAUUUCAAGAGCACCACAUUCUCUUGGUGGAAAGCAGGGAUAGUUAUAUCUGUGGCUGUGUUUAUCGGUGCCGUUUUAGUGGGACUUGUCAUUGCCCUUCUUAUUCUAUCUCUUGGAACUCAGGACUCCGUUAAUCAUUAUUUUAAUGACGGAAAAAACACCCACCAUUUGAGGGAGUUGGUUACCAAGUACUUACUGCAAGAGGAUUCUUUUGAUGUCCUAACAAAUUCUGUUGAUGGACUAAGUCUCGAGGUUAAAAGUGACAACGAGGUAACCGAUUUGAUGAAAGGUGUCACGAACGUCAUGUUUCAUGGCAUUGCCUAUUCCCCCAAUAAUGCCAUGGAGCCAUAUUGUGGGUUCAGUAAACGGGAUGCCAUGUUGGACUUGGCAAAAUUAUCGACUGUGACAACACGUAUCAGAACAUAUGGAAUGCAAUGCGACCAAGCUGAGUUGAUAUUAGAGGCGAUUGAGCGUAUGGAUCUAAACAUGACCGUUGCGAUGGGUGUCUGGAUCGGCAAGAAUGACACAAUCAAUCGGCAACAGAUGGAUUUAAUGAAGAAAGUUGUUACCAGGCUUCCAGAUCCUGCCAGGUACAUCAACUCGAUAUUCAUUGGAAACGAAGUGCUAUUUAGGAAGGAUAAGUCUAAGACGGAGUUGAUUAACUAUAUUCAAGAUGCAAAGAGGUUUUUACAGGUUAUGAAGAUCAACGAUAUUCCUGUUGGUACAUCAGAGAUAGGUUCCCUUAUUGAUUCGGACUUGCUAAAAAACUGUGAUGUAGUUGGUGCAAAUAUACAACCCUUUUUUGGAGGUGUACCUGUUGAAGAUGCCACUCAUUGGGUUUUGCGUUUCCUUGAUCUUCAAAUAUUACCCUACAAUGAAAACAUUGGCACCCCCAUCGUUAUCACAGAGGUUGGAUGGCCAAGCGGGGGCGGUCGCUACCGUUAUGCACAAGCAGGAUUGGUAAGUUUGAAAGUCUUCCUUAGUUGUUUUCUAUGCACAAUGAGAGAGUUGCCAGUUGAGUAUUACUUCUUUGAAGCAUAUGAUGAGCCUUGGAAAGAAGUAUUUUGGACACCCGGACAAAAAUGGGAGACUCAGUGGGGAAUCUUCAACGCUGACCGACUGAAUAAAUUCACACUACAGAAUAUAGGUUGUAUAUAA